GAAAAUCUCUCCGGGCCCCACACUUCCUCCUUCCCCUACAAAUAGCCCCUUCACCUUCUCUUUUUUCCUCUCCCUCCUCCCUCCUUUCCCCGCCAAAAUUCUCCACGUCAACGAUCGAAGCAACCAAAGAAUCUCUCUCUCUCUCUCUCUCUCUCUCUCUCUCUCUCUACACACACACGCACACACUCAAUGCAAGGAGGGCAGAUGCUGCUAGAAGAGCCACUACGGCUCUCUUCCGUUCUCACACCUUCCAAACCUACUUUCUUCCCUUCACUGACGAAAAUUGUCGGGACCCUUGGGCCAAAAUCACGUUCGGUUGAGGUGCUUGAGGAAUGCUUAAAGGCAGGAAUGUCAGUUGCACGCUUUGAUUUCUCUUGGUUAAAUGAUGAGUACCACCAAGAAACUCUCAACAACUUGAGCAGUGCUGUGAAAAAUGUUAAAAAGCUUUGUGCCGUUAUGCUGGACACUGUGGGUCCUGAGCUUCAAGUUUGUAAUAGGACCGGGAAUCCCAUCGAGCUAAAGGCUGAUGAUCAUUUAACAUUAACUCCAGAUCUUUCCAAAGAAGCCUCAGCUGAGGUCUUACCUGUCAAUUAUGCUGAACUUGCUGAGGCAGUUAAAAAGGGUGAUACAAUCUUUAUUGGGCAAUAUCUUUUCACAGGAAGUGAGUCAACCUCAGUAUGGCUUGAGGUGCUGGAGACAAAUGGUCCAGAAGUCAUUUGUCUCGUGAAGAAUAGUGCUACACUUGCAGGGUUUAUUUUCACCAUGCAUGUCUCACAAGUUCAUAUCAAUUUGCCUACUCUAACCGACAUUGAUAAGCAGGUCAUUUCAACUUGGGGUUCUCGUAAUAAUGUUGAUUUUAUUUCCCUUUCAUAUACUCGCCAUCCAGAGGAUGUACGGGAGCUUAGAGCUUUCCUUGACAAACAAAAUCUUCAUGAAACUCAAAUAUUUGCCAAGGUUGAAAAUGUGGAGGGUUUGAAGCACUUUGAUGAGAUCCUCCAAGAAGCGGAUGGCAUUAUCCUUUCUCGUGGGAAUUUGGGAAUAGACCUUCCCCCUGAAAAGGUAUUCCUGUUUCAGAAGUCUGCUGUUCAUAGGUGCAACUUGGUUGGGAAGUCUGCUAUAAUCACUCGAGUAGUGGAUAGCAUGACUGACAAUCUACGCCCCACUCGUGCAGAAGCAACUGAUGUUGCAAAUGCUGUCCUUGAUGGGACCGAUGGUAUUUUAUUGGGUGCGGAGACACUUAGAGGCCUCUAUCCCGUCGAGACGAUAAAAACUGUGGGUAGAAUUUGUGCUGAGGCCGAAAGUGUCUACAACCAGCCGCUUCAGUUCAAGAAAACGUCCAAAUAUGUUGGAGAGCCAAUGUCACAUGCCGAAUCUGUUGCGUCAUCAGCGGUUCGUGCUGCAAUUAAAGUCAAGGCUGCAGUCAUUGUCGUGUUCACAUCAUCUGGUAGAGCCGCGAGGUUGAUCGCAAAAUAUAGGCCCAUGGUACCCGUUCUGGCAGUCGUGAUCCCAAGGCUUAAGACAGACUCACUGAAUUGGAGUUUUUCUGGUACAUCACAGUGCAGGCUCGGCAAUGUCUUGCAGCAAGAGGAGUCUAUCCUAUUCUGGCCAUUCCUAAUGUGGCUGGUUCGGGUGCAUUCAGUGGACAGUCUGGGCUCACACUAGCAUUGAAAUAUGGUAAGGCAGUGGGGAUAGUCAAGCCUAAUGAUAGGGCUGUCAUCUUUCAGAAAGUUGGGGACUCAUCUGUCAUCGAGAUAAUGGAUGUUCAAGACUAAGCAACACCUAUCAGUAUUUACUUCUCCCACUCCAUCUCUUUGCAUGUCCAUGUUUCCAAUCGUUGGUGGUGAACUUUACAUUAUUUUUGUUCAUCAUUUCUUUGUUGUUCUUCUCAAUUGUGCUUGCUAUUUCACUGCCACAUUGGACAACAGUUUAAUCGAUUCUGCCAUGAUCUGCACUUGCCUGUCA